GACUGGGAACAGGAGCAAGAGAGACUUAUUUGGCAACCAGGCACAGUAAGCAUGAAUACAGUUACUUCACAGGGCCCCGUGGCCAAUUCUGUAUAUGUGGUGGCACCCCACAACAGUUAUCCUGUGGUCCCAGGAACCAUGCCUCAGGUGCCUCUUUAUCCCAGCAACCAGCCUCAAGUCCAUGUGAUUCCUGGUAACCUACCUGGUUUGGUGCCAGCCAUGACUGAACCACCUGCCCAGAGAGUCUUGAAAAAGGGCCAAGUCCUAGGGGCCAUCCAGAUCCUGAUUGGCCUGGUGCACAUCGGCCUGGGCUCCAUCAUGAUCACCAACCUCUUCAGCCUCUAUACACCUGUCUCCCUCUAUGGAGGUUUCCCCUUCUGGGGAGGCAUCUGGUUUAUCAUUUCAGGAUCUCUCUCAGUGGCGGCAGAAACUCAGCCCAAUUCACCUUGCCUGCUGAACGGCAGUGUGGGCUUGAACAUCUUCAGUGCCAUCUGUUCUGCAGUGGGCAUCAUUCUCUUCAUCACAGACAUCAGUAUCUCAGGAGGAUAUGUCUACCCUGACUACUACCCUUAUCAUGACUACGGCGUGAGUACAGGUGUGGCUAUUUCUUGUGUACUGCUCAUCUUCUGCCUCUUGGAGCUCAGCAUUGCAAGUGUGUCCUCCCACUUUGGCUGCCAGGUGGCCUGCUGUCGAUAUAACAAUGUAGAUGUGGUCAUUCCUAAUGUCUAUGCAACAAACACGGUGGUCUUCCCAGAACCACCCAACCCAAUACCAAGUUAUUCCGAUGCAAUUCGAGACUCCAGAUAAGUGAAGCUGAAGAUUGUAGAAGAAUCCUUUGUUGAGACCAAGUGACAUCCUCUCUUACCUAGACUUCUGUGAGCCAGGGUCUUCUUUUCCUGACAAACUUGGGGAAAUGUCUUUCUUAUGGCCUAAAUUGUGGACUCUUGCUUCAACUCACCCUGGAAAAAUCUCUAUUAAAAGAAGAUUGGAGAUUGAAAUGGAUUUAAACAAAGAUGUCCUACCAGGACACAUGCAUCUGUAUGGUGUACAGCAGCCUUGGUGUACAGACAUUUAUGUGACCCCUGCCUACAGGAGCUUUGGGGAUAGAGAAAUGGCUAUUUCAUCAUCCGAACUUCCCUGUCAGUCAUUCAGUCAUUUAAUAAAUACAUAUUGAGCAUCAG